AUGGGAUCCUUUUGUGAAUCUGGGUGGGAAUGGAGCUUUUCUUGGAGGCGCAAUCUGUUUGAUAAUGAAAUGGGAAGAGCCUCAAAGUUUAUUGAUCAAACUGCUGCAAUUAGUCCAUCUGCAUCUUUGAAAGACUCUUGGGUGUGGGGAGCUGACCCUAAAGGAAUUUUCUCUACUAAUUUUGCCUAUCUUCAUGUCAAAGCUGAACAUCUUGAUGAAGAUCAGUCUCUUGGUUUCCAGCACCUAUGGAACAUCAAAAUCCCUCCUAGAGCCCUAGUUUUUGCUUGGAGACUUCUAUGGGAAAGAUUACCCACUAAGGAUAAUUUAAUUUGGAGGCAUGUUACCAUUGAAAAUGAUCUAUGCCCCUUUUGUCAAAACAAAGCUGAAUGUGCCUCUCACUUAUUCUUCUUGUGUCAUAAAGUUAUGCCUCUAUGGUGGGAAUUUCACUCAUGGGUUAAGGAACCUAGAGUGCUCCAUUGUAGGCCUAUGGAUAAUUUCCUCCAGCACUCUCCCAUGUCAGGAUUGAAGGAUACUAACAGAAGGUGGAAAAUUUGGUGGAUAGCAGCUACAACAUCAAUAUGGAAGCUCAGAAAUGACAUUAUCUUCAACAAUCAUCCUUUUGUCAUCUCGAAGCUGUUGGAUGAUACAAUUUUCCUCUCUUGGUCUUGGAUGAGGGGGUGGGAAAAGGAUUUUACUGUUCCUUUUCACCAAUGGUCCUCAUCUAUGGCUUUGGCUUUUAAGUAG